GCUCGCGGUCAUGUGAUUGCUAAGAUGGCGUCGCCCGUUUCCCGGCGGCUGCUAGCUGCGGCUCUGCUGCCUUGGUGUUGCGCCGCCUGGACCCUGGGGCAUCUGGACCCACCUUCUCCACCACCGCUAGUGAUCUGGCAUGGGAUGGGGGACAGCUGUUGUAACCCCUUGAGCAUGGGUAGCAUUAAAAAGAUGGUUGAAAAGGAAAUACCUGGGAUCUACGUCCUGUCUCUACAGAUUGGGAAGAACAUGAUAGAGGAAGUGGAGAACAGCUUCUUCUUGAAUGUCAAUCUCCAAGUCAGCAUGGCGUGUAAGAUUCUGGAAAAGGAUCCUAAGUUGCAGCAGGGAUACAAUGCUAUUGGCUUCUCCCAGGGAGGCCAGUUCCUGAGGGCAGUGGCUCAGAGAUGCCCGAAACCUCCCAUGAUGACCCUGAUCUCAGUUGGGGGACAACAUCAAGGUGUCUUUGGACUCCCCCGAUGCCCAGGAGAGAGUUCUCACUUCUGCGAUUUCAUCAGGAAGUUGCUCAAUACUGGUGCUUACUCCAAACUUGUGCAAGCAUGGCUGGUGCAGGCACAGUACUGGCAUGACCCCAUCCAGGAGUCUAUGUACCGAAACCACAGCAUCUUUCUGGCAGACAUAAAUCAAGAGAGGGGUGUCAAUGAGUCCUACAAGGAGAACCUGAUGGCCCUCAAGAAGUUUGUGAUGGUGAAAUUCUUUAAUGAUUCCAUUGUGGACCCUGUCGACUCAGAGUGGUUUGGAUUUUACAGAAGUGGCCAAGCUAAGGAAACCAUUCCCCUCCAGGAGACCACUCUAUACACAGAGGACCGCCUGGGGCUAAAGAAAAUGGACAAAGCGGGAAAGCUAGUGUUUCUGGCUAAGGAAGGGGACCAUCUUCAAAUAUCUAAGGAAUGGUUUUCUGCCCACAUCAUACCUUUUCUUAAGUGAAGCCCUGGCACUUUGCAGCAGAGUUCAUGAAACCACAGCUCUAUCAAGCCAUGUAAAUAGUUCUUCAUGCUCAGCCCUGAACUCUAAGCUAGCCUGCAACCAGUCCUUCUCUCCUCUUAUCAUCUAACAUGCCCUACUUGGAAAGAUCUAAGAUCUGAAUCUUAUCCUUUGCCGCCUGCUAUCACCAUAUGGUGUUGAAUUCAAGUUUAAUUAGCUAAUAACCAUGGAGAUUGUUUUACAAGCUCCCUUUUAAGAAAGGGGAGUCUACUGUUGCAGAUCAAUAAUUGUGCCUAAAAGAGAUGAAGUGAAGCCGGAGGGACGAGCUCUGAAGGCAGAAGCCCAUACAAAGUCGGAGCAAAUAAAAGCCUCGUAGUCCCCAGGCCUGAGAUGCUCACACAAGCAAUUUCUCAACACUGCUGUGUGGGCAGUGCAGGUUUCUACAUUUCUUAAAGCUGUUUUCCUGUGUAAAUGGUGCCCUCUAGUGGCACCUAGCAGUCACUCCACAAGCCAUCACCAUGCCCCCUCAGAGCUCACCUUGUAUCCUUAAUCCUCAGUAAUAGAAUUAGUCACAAAGGGAGAACCGCCAGCAGGGUUGCUUAGGAAAGGAGAUGUACUUUUUCUUUUCUUCUCUUUUUUGAGACAGGGUUUCACUCACUUUGUAACCCUAGCUGGCCUGUGUAGAGCAGACUGGCCUUGAACUCAGUCACAGAGAUCACCUGCCCCACCUGUCCCUCUGCCUUCUGAGCACUGGGAUUAAAGGCACCCUACAGCAAUGUGUAUCUUCUAUACCGUGAGCUAGUGAGGGAGUGGAGACGUGAAAACUAGGUGUCUCUUCUUGCCACUGCACUCUUGGCUAACUGCCCUUAAUAUUACAAGUGGCAUAAAUGUCGUUACACCAGAGAAUGGGAAGAAUAGUCUGAGAAGGUGGGGCUCUGACAUUCCUACCCUACAUCCUAUUUACCAGCAUACGUCAAACUGCUGCUGACUUGGUUCAAGAAAAUGGUUGAAGAAUAUUGUAGACUUCCUUUUCCCUCUGAAAAUCAACCCAUAUUAAACUGAUGAUGACUCUGAUACUUUAAAACAACAACAGCAGCAGCACUGAUCCACAGUUUCCUACAUUUGAGCAUGGAUUCUUUAGUCCCCAUGCUGAAAAGAUCUCAGCAUGUUCUAGAUGGCUCCUCUAGAGCACUGGUUUGGAGAAAUGACUGUUUUCGUGAAAGCACCAUUAGCCGCAGAACGCACCCAUUGCCUGGUGUCCCUUUCUCAAACCUGUUCAAAUAAAAGGUAAAGGCAGGAAGUGGGGGGGGGGGAUCUGAAAAUAGCUUUGAGGUUGUCUUAAAAAAAAUAAAGAAUAGUUUCUUA